CAGGGGAAGCAAGAGUAUACGUGGCUGUAUGCACAGCACCCGGGACCACACAAACCACUCCAGAGGAGAGCCCAGUCCUUCUGAAGCCCCAGCAGCCAUUUCAGCACAUAGCAAAAUGCCUAAAAGUGUUUCCAUAUCUAAACAACUGGCUUCAAUAAAAGCUUUGAAAAGGGGCUCAGAUCUGGAAAAGGCCAUGGCUACUAUUGCUCUGGUUUUCAGAAACGCUUCUGAUCCUGAUGGUAAACUUGGGAAAGCCACUGCCAAGAAUCUGCUUCAAACCCAAUUUAGGAAUUUCACCGAGAGAGAAGAAACCAAGCCAAAAUCCCGAGACCUCCUUUCUGAGCUUGAUGAGCACACAGAAAAGAAGCUGGACUUUGAAGACUUCGUGAUCUUGCUCCUGAGCCUCGCCAUCAUGUCAGAUCUGCUACAAAAUAUAUGGAGUGAAAAUACUAUGAAAUAAACAACUUUAAACACAUGAGCAAAACGGUGUUUCUAUCUGAUUUGUUGUAAGUGGGACUUUAACUCCCUUCAGAAAUGUUUGAAUGAUAUGACUUGGGACACAAUAACCUGAAUACCAUUUUUGACGAGUGACUAGUGAUUUAAAGUCAUUUCCCACUGAACGUGGAAUCACAUUUAUUCAUUGAUCCUGCAAUCAUAUUUGUGAGCCUCUUCUGGGUAACAUUGUUUAAAAAAAAUACAGUAACAAAUAACCAGAUAACUCCUUCCCUUUCUCAUGUUUACACAGUUCCAGAAGAAGAAACAAGACAUACAACAAUAAUUUCUGUGUCUAUGUUUAUGCAGGAUUGUGUAUUGGUGUGAUGGUAAUGGCACACGUAUGUAUGGUAGCCAGAGGUCAGUUUCCAGUGUUCUACCUCAAGUGCUGUCAUUGUCCUGGGGCUCACUGGGGCUAGGCUGGUGGGUCAGUGAUCCCUUGGGAUUCACCCACCUCUACCUCCCCAGUGCUGGGAUUUCCCCAGCCCAACUUUGUAGGUGGGUUCUAGGGUUCAAACUCAAGUCCUCAUGCUUGUACUGGCGAGUGCUUUACCAAAUGAUCCAUCGCCCCAGCUCCGAGCAACUAUGUAAUACGUUUAAGACACACUCUAAUUAUAAGUAAAACGAGAGUUACAAAACACUGACAGAGUUUAUUACAAGAGCUUUUAAAGAUCAGACCCUUUCUGACCU